AUGGGUAAAUCCUCUCGUCGCAAGAAGACACCCAGUCCGUCGUCGGGCACCUCAACACCAACAUCCGGCCCCAUCCCACCCUUCACAAAAUCCCCGGAGAUCCUGAAACCGUUCGUCGAGCCACUCUCCCAGCAAGAAGUAUACCUUGUGCACAUCGACACGACAAACACCGACCAGAAAUGGCAAACCUUCCUCGUCCCGUCAAUCGUCAACAUCCUGGUCGCCGUCGUGAUCGCCGUUCGCGUCUACAUGGCCUUUAGCACAUACCCAGCGCUCGUGAAGACGCUAUUCGGACUCGAAAGCGCUUCAAGCGUAGACACAGCCACCGUGUCCUGGAUGCAACAAGCAGCCCUUGUUCUCCGCAGAACAGGUGCCAUCUUCAUCGACUAUUUCCUCGUGACGCUUUUCCUGUCCUGGCCGUUUAAUUUCGUCCUCGGACCCGUGCGCUGGCGCCGUGCCGUGGGCUUUCGCGACCGCGAAAUUAUUGUUCGCCGCAGCGCAAGCAGCUGGAGCCGUUAUCUUGUACGCAAUAAAUGGAUUCGCGAUGACGAGGCUAUGCGCGACAAAAUUGUUGCGGCUGUCACGCCCGAGCGGAUAGGAAAGACGGGAUAUCUGCUUGUGGACGCAGACUGGGAUCUGGACUACGAUGCUAUGAUCUGCGCGCAUGGUCUGGUCGAUCAGAUCCGCAAGGGUGAUGGCGUGCAGCUGGAUGAGUUCCGGACAGCUGUGCUGGUCCAUACUGAUACUGAUGGCUGGUUGAUUUGGCGUGUUGGGGAUGAGAACACGCCUGCGGCACGAGAGCGGUCUGAGCAACGGGAUCAGAUCCUCGCCUAUAAGGAGAAGUUGACCGAGAUGGGGAAGGAGGAUUUGUUCUACCGAUGGGUUGAGAUGAUUCAGUGGGAAAGCUCGCAGCCUGGUGGAUUCACACCGGCGAGGCAGAAGUCUGCGAUGCUUCAGGCGAAACAGAUGUUUGAGGAGGAGAAUGUGAAUUUCAGUGGUUUCUGGGAUGAUUUGGGUGGUAUGGAGGGCAUUGAUAUAGAGGAGACAUGA